CCUCCACCUGUCAUUGUCCAUGGGUACUGUAUUGGUACGGGCACAAUCAUCAGCUGGUCCAAGAUAGCCCCGACUCGCUUGCUUUUGUUUGUCCUACACGCAGAUCCAGAACAACAUACAUACAAGCCAGCCCUCGGCCUCUGCCCAUGUCUCCAGAUGGCAUCCAUUACUCCUUUCCCCUUUGUCCUUGGGCUCGUUCCCCCGGUCAUGGAUCUCCUUCCCAGUCACGUCACUCGCUAAGCACUGCAAGAUAUUCCUCCCCUCCCCUUCGUAUUUUCAUAUAUGGCAUGUACUAGACGUGGUGAACCCAUACUGUCCUUGAACUGCUGCAUGAAUCCCCUUUGUACGCCCAAGUCUUCGACAGGAUGUCUCGGUCGAGCUUCAGCAUACGGAGGCUCAUCUCACCUCGCCGCUCUCAGACGAUAGAUGAGCGCCGUCGUUCCGGAGACUCUGUUGGAAGCGAGGAUAUUUCACUGUUCAAGUCUCGAAGGAAACAACAAAAAUCAAAGUCUUGGGCGCCGGCCAGACGCCCAUCCAAUCCUAAGCCCAGAAGACCCUCGAGGGAGGAGACCCUCGUACGAAGGACACAAAGCAUCAAGAGGAUACCAGCAGAAAGCCCAUCUUGCCCACAGGGAUCACCACAUUCGUCGUCGAGUUCUUUGUGCAGUUGCGAGUGUCAUACAGACACCGCCUCGACCAACACCAGCUAUGGCACUCUUUGUUCCCGUCGACUCCAAGAGAGGCCCUCUCGAUCAACGGCCCCGAAACGUCUCGCGGAGCGUCGACACCUCUGCAUCUCUCCUCUAUCACCACCUCCUAGCAGAAAGCCCAGACCGAUGUCGACAGAAGCGGACAUCAAGGCUCAAGAAGCUGGCGACAUAGAACUAUCAGAACAUCCCGCACUAAGAGAGACCAUGACCCCUCCACCUACCCCAGAAGACGACGGUUUGGACCGCUGGUCCCUCAACGUUCAGGAGCUCAUCCGAGAAACCGACGAAGCCUUCAAGGCCGUAGGAACAGCCAUCGAAGAGGCGAAGAUGGCCGUGUCGACUUUUCCGUCACAUAUCAAGACCGGGUCCGCGUCUUCGUCACCAACACCCCCUCCUAACAUGGCGAAGCCCGACUCACCAAGCCUUCCACUCUUGAGGCUACAAUCUCGAAACAGCACACCAGCGCUGCCACCUCCAUCAUCGAGCACUUCGGUAUCAUCUGCCUCAAAGCCCAGAAGAAAAAAGUCAAAGAAGUCCAAACGGGUCAAGAUGAGAUGCAAGAAGUCUGCCCGGUGGCAACUGGGAGAGGAUGUAGCCGACAUCCUCACCGGACAAUUCUUCCGUAAAGUAGAAGUCGAUGAGCUUCUUACACCAGACCGCCUCCAUGCGCUACGAAUGGAGAGGGAGUCUCAAGGACAACCGCGCCGAUCAAGCGAUACUCUAAGGACUGUUAGCACCGAUGGAAGCGAGACGCCGGUUGAGCCUUUUCACCUCCAAGACCUCCUUUCUCGGAUUGGAGCAGCCGGGGCAAAGACCUCCGUGACACCUUCUGAAGCCAUGACUCCACCCGAGCUUCUCGACCCAAGUAUACUACGAGACUUGCCCUUUAGAGAAAAGUCGCCGCGGAGGAAGAAGCCUGUUACCAAGGAUGAGUACGAGGCGGAGGAUCCGACGCAAGUCGUUCCUCCUCCACCAGCAAAGAACCCGGCAAGGUUUCUGCCUAGACCGCAGGCGCCGCUGUUACCAACGAUUCCCGAAGUCGUCGUCACCACACCCGACGUGGGAGGACAUUCGACAAAGCACAGCAACAGGACUCCACGAACUUUCGCGCCCGUGGAUGAAGACGACUUUAUCUUUUUCCAAUCAACGCCGUUCACCUUCAAUCACUCUGCGUUCAAACAUGGCAACAUACGCUUUCCCAAGUCAGAAGUGGUCAAGGGGCUGAAAAUCGACCCCGAUGACACGCUAGACUGGACGGCCUUUCAGAUGGCCAUCCUCGGUGGCGCGGGCGACCUCUUCUCAGAUCCCGCGGACUUUUCACAGAGGACAGAGGCCGAAGAGACCGCCGACCUGGCAGCGUGGUUCGACGACUUCGGCUUCGACAGCCACGGCCGCCUGCUCACCAGCGACGCCGAUGAGUCGACGAGCCGGCUGCAGCUUAGGUCCCGCGCGUCUACUCUAGAUUGCUCGCCAAGGUCCUUUGGCAGAGUCGCGCCACGGGACAGCGACCUGCCCAUCCCCGUGAAGGCCGAGCACCCCACUGGGUUCUGGAACGAAGGCAACGUCAACGUGUCCAAGUUUUUGACACAAGGGUGCAACAUUCGACGGUGGACGAUGGAGGGGCAGCAGCAGCACCCAAAGCGGCAGAACCGCGAGAGCAUCGGGAGCCUGCCGCCUAGUCCGAUGAUGGAUCUAGUCAUGAUGAGGGGCUCUGAUGGGGAGCCCGAGGUGGUGCCUAUGGGGUAUAAUCUGGGACACGACCUCGGGGACUUCCUGCGAUGGGAGGCGGAGAAUGUCUAUGCUACGGGCGUUUACUGAGCGGUAUUGGCUCGCGUGGAUUUAUGAUUAAAAUAAAAAUUGAAUAACUACCUAGGUAUCUAGUAUUGUAAUGUUACAAUCAACUCAGAUGGCGCGUCAAC